AUGACAGCGAGAAUAGUGUUCCGUAUCUCAGUUGUGGCUCUCCUGCUCUACCUCGCAGUAACUCAAAAAUGUCCUGCAAGUGGAAGAUCCGAAAGUUCCAUCAUUGGCUGGAUGUUGCGAGGACACGUAUACGACACUCUUCUAGCGGAACUUCCCUUUACAUGCGUAUUCAAGUGUCGAGAAGACAAUCGAUGCCAAAGUUUUAACUGGGUGAUCUCUCUUCUCACUUGCGAGUUUAACAACAGGACAAAGGAAGCCAGGCCGGAGGAUUUCAUUCCAAACCCAGACAGAUCUUACUAUCCACGCGAUUUAAAGCGAGGUGAGCCAGCAUACCAAGGAGGGGGUCUCCCUAUAAUGGCCUAUACGGGGAUCGGAGGAUCCGACUGGAAGGGGACUAUAAGUUACAUUUCGCCUGAACUAGCUCCGCUUGAACAUUUAGGCUCAAAUCUGUCUUUUGGAGUAAAUUGAAGACCGAUGCUCAGAUGUCAAUAAAAAAAAAAGGUGGAAGUUCCACGGGAAGGCUUUUUAGUAACAUUUAUCUGGAAACUUUUAAAGUCCUCGUGACGAGUACGUCAACAAUGACGUUACUAUGGAAACCGAUUAUUGACAGCCGUGUUUUCAAAAUUAGCAUUUUCUCUUAAAACUGAGGUUUUAUUUCUAUUUUUACUAACCGUAUAUCAUUAUAGUUAUCACUUACUUUAGCAUUAUUUACAUAUUAUAAGUCACAUUUAUUGACAGCAUGGACGCACGUGGUGCCAAAAAUAAGAUGUGCUGGGUUUGAUUGUUGGAGCAGCUUCUUUUGCUUUUACUUUUGCAGUUAUUUUUUGUUUGUCUAUGUACUGUAGAUUUCAUAUUUGUAUAUUUUCUUUUCCCAACUGACCUUUUUCACUUUCCUUCUAAUUCUUGCCGGCAUAAACCCCUAGAGCUUCCCACACCCCCCUCCCCUCUUUUUCUCUCUCCCACUCCACACUUCGGCAGUAAGUAAAAUGUAUGCAGGGUAAAAGCAUACUGAUAAAUUAAUAUAGAUCUGUUUCUGACCUUUUAGUUCCCCUUGGUUCGAUUCAAGAAUUGCCAGCUGAGACUUGUGACGAAAUAAAGAGGAGUGAAGGACAGGCUGUUAGCGGGAAAUAUUGGUUUUCCACUGUAAAAUCUGGUACAUCUGUUCUGGCUUAUUGCAAUAUGAAGACCAACGGUGAGUUUGGUCAGUUGUAUUAUCGGCGACUGAUUAAGCUUGUUAAUUUUUUCGAUAUUUUAUCGACCGUUCAAUAAUGUUUGUUUGUGUAGACAUUGACGAAUGCAGUGUUUCCCCUUCUGUAUGUGACCUCAACGCCAACUGCUCCAAUACUCGUGGAUCUUAUUACUGCACUUGUAAGGCAGGAUACACUGGCGAUGGAAAAACUUGCCAAGGUAAUAUAAGAUACUUUAGCUAA